AUGAAGCUCACCACUGCUUUCCUGACCGGUCUGCUGUCUGCCAGUACCGUCAUUGCCGCCCCUGGCACUGCCAUGCGUCGCAAGCGUGCUGAAAGUGCUCGCGCUGGCCUUCUCAAGGCUCCCAAGCCUUUCAUUGCAGCUACCAAUGUCACUGCCGCUGUUCAUGGUCCUGAGAACAAGCAAGUCAGCUACUCCAACAACUGGGCCGGUGGUGUGCUUGAAGGCUCUGGCUGGAAGACCGUCACCGCCACUUUCACCGUCCCAAAAGUCACUGUGCCUUCUGGCGGUAGCUCCAGAACCCUGUACUCUGCCUCUGCUUGGGUCGGUAUUGAUGGCUACUCCUGCGAGUCUGCUAUCCUGCAGACCGGCGUCGACUUUAGCAUCCAGAAUGGUGCAGUCACUUAUGAUGCCUGGUACGAAUGGUUCCCCGACUACGCUUACGACUUCAGCGGCAUCAGUUUCUCUGCCGGCGACAGCGUCACCAUUACGGUGACCGCCUCCUCUACCACCAGCGGUGUAGCGACCAUCAAGAACAACAGCAAAGGCACUUCCGUCAGCCAUACUUUCAGCCGCCAAACCUCUGGCACACUCUGCCAAACUGAUGCGGAGUGGAUUGUCGAAGACUUUACGCAGAUCCAGAAUGGACAGGAGUCUUUGGUUCCUCUUGUCGACUUCGGUACUGUGACUUUCACUGGUGCUUCUGCUACUACCAACAGUGGAUCCAAGGUCGGCCCUGCUAGUGCCGAUGUCAUUGAUCUUAUCUCUGCUAAUGGCCGUACUGUUCUUACUGAUGUUACUGUUGGUUCUUCUUCUGUUUCUGUCGUCCAUGAAUCGAAACGCGAGGUCUAUCUCGAGGGACGAGUUGCUUCUUUAAAACAAAAGCAUGCGCAAUCAAAGCAGAAAAUCCAAGCGUUGGAAAAGAAGGUUAGAGAAAAGGAAAAGGAGGUUACAGAGAAGAAAAAUGAGGUUAUAGAGAAGGAUCCGGCUUUGGAGGUCGAGGUGAGGACUUCGGCGAUCAGAGAUCAGCAGAUCAGAACUGUUAUUAUGCAGAGAGAUGCCGUGUACCAAGAGUAUCUGGAAUCAAAGAAGAAGAUUGGGGUUUUGGAAAAGGAAGCUAGAGAAAAGGAUGGGGUUUUGGUGGAUAAGGAUAGGGCUCUUGGGGUUAGGGAUGAUCAGAUUAGACUUGUUACUAUGCAGAGAGAUGCUCUGGUCCAGAGACUCGAACUGCUCGGUGGAGAGAGACGGGAAUGA